AUGACUGUGUCGAAUCCCUCGCCAAAGCUGGUCGUCAUGUCCGACUUUGAUGGCACCAUCUCCAUUGACGAUACGGCGAACAUCAUCAUCGACGCGUGCAUUGGUGAGCAGCAGCGCAAGGCCAUUGACGAUGCCUACAUGUCCGGCAAGAUUUCGUUCCUCGAGUUGCAGCACCAGCAGUGGUCGCAAGCAAAGCUCACUUGGGAGGCGGCUGCGGAACUGCUCAGAGAUAGCAGAAUCGACCCCCAUUUUGCUGGUGCCAUUGAAUGGUGCAUUGCCCACAGCAUCCCGCUUGGCGUGGUCAGUGCAGGAUUGGACAAGCUCAUUGACCUUCAUUUUAAGCGCGGUCUCACCGAGGACCAAUGCAGCUAUCUUGAGGUGUUUGUCAACAAGCUUGAGGUCGAUGGCACCAACUGGCGCGUCGCCUUUGUUGACGACAGUGAGAUGGGCCACGACAAGGCGGCCAGCAUCAAGCGGGUAGUGGACAGAUACGAUGUUGCGCCCAAGGUCGUGUUUAUCGGCGACGGGAUCUCUGACGUUGCGAGCGCCAAAGAGGCGGAUUACCUGUUUGCCAAACGCGGCCUGGAUCUGGACAACUGGUGCGAGAAGAACGGCGUCAAGCGCGAGCCGUUCGACGACUUUGCGUAUAUCACCAAGCGGCUGGAGGAAAUCCACGCCUCCCUGUAG